GGGAAAAUUGUGUCUGCCGAUCUUGUAUGGGAAAAACACGUGGUUCCUGUUUUACGUUGAUAAAGACGUAUUACGAUUGUUUGAAGUUACUGGGACAUAAUUACUGCGUCGCUACUGAGAAUUCUCCGGACAUGUGAGGAAAAGAAGGUGUGAGAAUCUGGGUCAGCAUGCGGUUGGCUGAGGAUUCUGGCCAGGAUGAGACUGUCCGUGCAUCUGCUGGCCUGCUGUGUCUCCUUUCUGCUGGGAUUCAUCCUCUUCUGCCUCUAUGGCGGUUUUGGUAACCCUGGACAGUCCUAUUUCAGGCUUCCUCCAGCGACGAGAUAUACCCUUAACGAGGAAGAUAAACCAGGUUACGGCGAUGUUGGAAUAUUACAGAAAUUAGGCGUUGAAUUUUUAAAAGACUUUAAGAAUCCUUGUUGGUAUGAAUAUGUGGAGGAGGAGAAGCAGGUGAACUUUUAUCAAGAAAUUAUCAAGUCUUCGUCGCGGCUUAGAUACGUCACAAGGAAGAACUCGGGCACAGUCUUGCGAUGUCUGCCGUACUUCUUCCUGGUGGGGCAGCCCAAGUGCGGAACCACCGACAUCUUUCAGCGAAUUAAUUCCCACCCCGAUGUCAUCCAGCCAGCUCUGAAGGGGCCGCACUGGUGGACGCGGAGGAGAUAUGGACAACCCUCCUCGGACAGGCCGGUCUCCUUCAUGGAGUAUUUGGCUCUCUUCAACUACGCAGCGACCAAGAUUGAGGAGCAGUGGGUGCUUUCCGGCAACAGGCAGUUUCACGAGAGGAUCACCGGCGAUGGAAGCACGUCGACCUUGUGGGACAGCAGCCAAACCAUGACCUAUUUAUACUCCGUGUUAGACGAGAGUGAUGUGGACGAGUUGGUCAUGGACUAUGUGGCGAAAAGAAAUGGCUCGUUGAAAAUGGCGGGUAGUAAUGGCGUAUUAAAUAAUGGUUUCAUUAAAGGAAGGACGAAGAGGGAUCAGUUUGAUUGCUGUUAUGGUGGUUCUAACGAUGCGGAUUUUAAUGCGAGAGUAGAGAAGGUGACAUAUAGUCAGAACUAUAGUAUUCAGCCUGGAGCAGUGUUGCCAAUCACGGUGGCCGAUGUUAUACAUUCGGUUAUACCAAACUCAAGAAUCAUAGCAGUAAUAAGGGAGCCGGUGUCAAGGUUGUAUUCCAGUUACCUGUUCUUCAAUCUGAGGUCAGCGGUCUCACCUGAGAGAUUUGACCUCUUAGUCAAGAGCUCCCUUGAAAUGUGGGAAAACUGCACAACAGAAUACUCAGUGAGAACUUGUGCCUACAAUAAAACAUUGCAAAACGCUAUGGGUGUUCGUUUGUAUAAUGGGUUGUAUAGUGUGUUUUUGUGCGACUGGCUGAAGGUGUUUCCUCGAGAACAGGUGCUAGUUGUCAGAAUGGAGGAUUACCAUCAAAAUAUGGUCUCUUCCUUAGCUACAAUCUACAGUCAUCUUGGCCUAAGACCUCUAACAGAUGACGAAAAAGAGGUAGUCAACACAGCACCAAUACACAAUAAAAGCAAGAGGAAAAAGACUGUAGGCAAGAUGCUCAACUCCACUGCUGACAUUCUGCGAGAGUUUUACAGGAAGUUUAACUCGGAUUUAGCCAACCUCUUAGGAGACUCCAGAUUCACUUGGGAGGACACUUAUGCUAUGUGGUAGUCUUGUUUUUAUAUUCACUCUUGCAAGAAAAGGUUGUACUUUUUUCCCCAUGGUAUUGCAUUAAUAAACAAAUACUUGGUAUAAUUUUAAGCCAGUUUCAUCUUUUUUUAAAGUUUACCAUAUAAAUUUUAUUUGUCAUAAUUUUAGUAUAUUUGAAUUUUAUUAAUAUUGUUUUUAUAGUUAUCAUCAUUCCUUUGAUUAUAUUAUUAAUCAUAAACAUCUGAGUUUGUACAAGAAAUGCAAUCUGAAAGAUCUUUAGAAAAUUUUAUUCCACCACAUAUGUGAAGCAGAGUGGAUAUAUUCUGCAUUGCCUUGUGAUAUACUUCAUAUUGAAGUUAUAUAUUCAUUAAAUGACUAAUACAGAAAUCUUUGUUGUGCAAAGUCCAUGGACUGUACUGGUUUUAUCUUCUGCAUAUUGGACAAUGAUUGUCUUGAAAAGUAUCAGAAAUGCAUCUGUGGAGGCCAUAUUUCAAUAAUGAAUAAUAAAUGCGCUUUGGUCUGUUGUAUCAUUUUAACAUAAAUGUUUUUUGGAACUCUGUAUGAUCAAAAUACUAAUUUGAAAUAAUCCAUUUUAUUGAUCUAUUUAAAACUCCUCACCAUAAUGUAUGUCAUAUUAACAAAUACAGUAAUAAAAGAAAAAAAGAUGGAAAUAAAUCUUUGCAAACAUGAA